CCGAGGGGGAAGGAGCCGGAAGUCCGGCGGGCUCCGGGCGUCGAGAUGGAGGAGAGUGAUUAUGAGUCCGUGCUAUGUGUGAAACCGGAGGUGCACGUCUAUCGCAUCCCGCCGCGGGCCACCAAUCGUGGCUACAGGGCCGCUGAGUGGCAGCUGGAUCAGCCGUCAUGGAGUGGCCGGCUGCGGAUCACAGCCAAGGGGCAGGUGGCCUACAUCAAGCUGGAGGACAGGACCUCAGGGGAGCUCUUUGCUCAGGCACCCGUGGACCAGUUUCCAGGCACCGCCGUGGAGAGUGUGACGGAUUCCAGCAGGUACUUCGUGGUCCGCAUUGAAGAUGGCAAUGGGCGACGGGCAUUUAUUGGAAUUGGCUUUGGGGACCGAGGUGAUGCCUUUGACUUCAACGUGGCGUUGCAGGACCAUUUCAAGUGGGUGAAACAACAGUGUGAAUUUGCGAAACAGGCCCAGGACCCAGACCAAGGUCCCAAGUUGGACCUGGGCUUCAAGGAGGGUCAGACCAUCAAGCUCAGCAUUGCUAGCAUGAAGAAGAAGGAGUCGGCGCCUGGAACUCCCCGGGCCCGUCCCGCUAGCGUGGGAGGCCUGAGCCUGCUGCCCCCCCCACCAGGAGGCAGGACCUCGGUCCUCCUCCCUCCCCCCGGGGAGCAGGUGUCUGGGGGCGGAUCCCUUGGUCAGCCAGCCGUUGCUCCUGGAUCAGGAGGUGCCAAUGUAUCCUGGCCACAGCCCAAGCCUGCCGCUGCCACCACUGCUGACAUCUGGGGCGACUUCACUGCAUCCACAGGGUCGACUUCGAGCCAGCUUCAGCCAGGAACAGGCUGGGUCCAGUUCUGAACCAAGCAUGGUGCUUCGGCUCCUCUGAGCUCUGGGAAGGAGCUACGUCAUCAGGGCCCCAAGAAGGAGGAGGAAAGUGUCCCUGCCAGCCUGUCAGGGGCACUGCUGUUUGUUUCCCCAGCCUGGCACUUGGGACCGUGUGCAUGUGGCGGGAGUACCAGCACCUGUCACCUGGAUGGGAGUUGAGCACACAUCCAGGACACUGGAGAUGCGCCAGGAUCCCUGUCCCUGUCUGUCCUCUUGCUUGAGAAACUGGAGACCGUGGCCUUUUCCAUCCCACUGACCCCUAUUAAACCCAAACCCCCAAAGCAGGCAUGGGCUGCGUGGACUUGACCACCUUCCUGGGGCUUGCAGCUGUCACCCCCUGGCUGUUGGUCAGGGGUUUGUCCUCCAGGCUGAGCCCCUUCAGUGGGGCCUUCUGGACCGAGGAUCCUUCUGCUCUCCAGUGGGCUGUGUGGGUCGCAGCUGGAAUAGGCCCCGGCAGUGCUGGAAGGAUUAAGCAGCUUUGUAAUAUUUUCAGUAUUUUACCUUCCUAAUGUAAUGUGCUGAUUGGCAUUCCUUGCUGUAUGGAAGGGGGGACCACUCCUACCCUGUGCUGGCCCGAGCUUCUGGCAGUGGUGUUGGGCUCUUCCCCACCCCCACCCCCCAACUCUGCGUCUGCCAGGGCAGGUGGCAGUGCUGAGUCCAGGCUGCCCUGGAAACCAGAUGGACCAGUGAGGGGAUGAGGGGAUGGAAGGGGAGGCCAUUGUCAUGGAGUGGGGGGGGGGGUUGCACACGUUGCUGCGGUGCGCUCAACAGCAAGAUCUCCCAGCUCAGUCUUUCCCUCAGGUGGUUUCUCAGUGUCUCACCUGCAGGCAGCCUCCUAACCUCUCCUCCCCUAGGGGCUGUGAAUAACACCGGAGAUUACACCUGACCCGCAGGUCCUGGCUAGCCUGGGCUGCUGCUGUAGAAGGUAGUGGCUUCGCUGAGCGCCCUCCGUAGUCCCACUCCAUGCACUUACCUCUGUGAAAGGCUCAAGACUGUGAACUGAAAGCAUUGGCCUUUUUGUGGGGCUAAAUUUUUAAGACUAAAAAAUAAAUAUUUUGCCUUGACA